AUGGCGCAGCGCGGGGACAAGGGCGCCAAGGGCGAGAAAAGCGGCUUCUUCCGCAAGAUGUACUCGUCCAUCGGCAGCUCGUCGCGGCAGCAGGCGGCCAACCGCCACGACAAGGACAAGCGCAGCGACAGCACCAGCAGCGGCACCAGCAGCGGCUACAACCAGGGCAGCCCCAGCGACGGCGCCACCACCAGCAGCGGCCACAGCGCCAACGGCGGCGGCGGCCUGCAGAACUUCGUCAAGCACCACAGCUUCAACGGCCACAUGCCCUUCUCGAGGGACGACCCGCGCUCGGCGGGCGCAGGCGACCCGCACCAGAGCCUGCUGUCCAAGCGGCCGAGCCUCAUCGUGCCCUUCUCCAACCAGCAGCAGCUGGGCAACGGCGCGGCCGCCAACGCCGCGGACGGCGUGCAGAGCUACCUGGACGACUUCCAGGCGCCCAUCUCCAAGUCGGGCGUGCUCAUUAAGCAGGCCAACCACUUCAAGACGUGGAAGAAGCGCCUCAUGGUGCUCAAAGGCCACUCGCUCUUCUACUACGUGUCGGGCACGUCUGGAGAGGACUCGUACCCGCGCGGCGUCAUCCCGCUGCAGGGCGUCAGGAUCACGCCCAUUGACUCGGCCAGAUUUAAGAGGCAGAACUGCUUCGAGAUCUGUCACCCGGGAUACCGUCCUAUCUACCUGAUGGCUAAAAGCGAAGCGGAUUUAAGCGUCUGGAUGAGCAGUUUGACGUCGGCUGCGAUGCCGACGACGGCCGACCGGAAAAUGCUGCUGGUGACGGAGCCGCUGGAGUCGCUGUUUAAUACGCCCGCGCUGGAGGAUGCUGUGCCCUACAAGCGGACUUUCUACUUCCGGCAGAAGGUGGCUUUCUGCAUGCCGCGGAAGGAGGAUUCAGGGUACACGGCUGUGGAACUCUUCGACCUGAACGAGAAGCGGCUGACGACGCUGUGCGACCUCAACAGCUACUGCGACUCGUUCCCGAUGAUCUUGGACGACCCACAGCUUUUCGUGGAACUGCUACAUGUGGUAGGGUGCUACAUUUUCAGGCCGUUCGCAAAGCUGCAGUCGACGUCGCCCGGUAAUAUCUUUGUGGAGGAGCCGAGCCCGGAGGAGACGAGUAUGUUGGAGAACCCGAUGGACAAAUAUUCGGAAUACACGACGGAGGAGCAGCUGUGGGGACUGCUCUCGGCCUGUUACGACCUGUUGCUAAAGGCGAUCGAGCACAUUGACAAGUUAGAGAAGCACGUGCGCAAGGAGUUUUUCCCCCUGCGGUUCAUCGCGCAGCUUGUCAAUCUGUUCAAGACGCCGUCGUUUAAGGAGCGGCAGCGGCGGUCGGCCAUUCGCAAGGAAAUCGCCAACACGUUCUACGAGUAUAUUUAUGAGACGUCGAACCACUACGGCGUGGCGGAGCUGCUGGAGAUCCUCGGCAGCAUCGUCAACGGCUUUGCGUGCCCGAUCAAACAGGAACACGUGGUGCUGCUCGAGAAGGCGCUGAUCCCGCUGCACUCCACGCCCGCCUUCAUCUCGUACCACCAGCAGCUCGCGUACUGCAUGAUCCAGUACGUGUCCAAGGACCAUACGCUCUUCACGCCCAUCGUCCGUGGCUUGCUGAAGUACUGGCCCGUGGGCAACUCGUUCAAGGAGGUGAUCUUCAUCGUGGAGUUUGAGGAGAUGCUGGAGCACGUGUUGGCGGAGACGGACUUUGACUCGAUUUCGCCCAAGCUGGCGCGGAGAUUGGGGCAGUGCAUGAUCAGUGACCAGUUCCAGGUGGCAGAGCGCGCGAUCUCGUGCUGGAGUUCCCCGGCGUGCUUGCGCAUCAUGAACGAGUACGAAAAGUUGGGGCAGGGCAUGUUUGACGUGAUCAAGCCGUUCUUGCAGCGGGCAAUAACAGGCCACUGGAAUACGCUGAUUCAGCAGAAGGCGCAGGAGACAUACACGAUGUACUACAACAUGGGUUACGACACGGACGACGUCUCAACGGCACCAUCCGCACUUGUAUCGGACGGGAAAGUAUUGGAUAGCAGCGCCAAGACGGAGGAGUCGGACCCGGACGAGGAGGCCAACAACUCGAGCGAGGCGAACCUGUCGAUGGCGAUCCGGCUGUCGGCUUCAAACGCAGUAGAAUCAUUAGACGUCGUGCUGUCGGACGAGGACGAAGACGAGAAGCCGGACGCGUCCUAG